AUGGAAGAGAUACGCGCUGCUGCUGUGAUGACUGAAGACACAAGGGAUCUGGAGACUUUGCCACAGCUCAACUUGGAGGGGGAAUUAUCCACAGGUGAUGGAGCAGAGGUAGACAGUGCAAAUGGGCAAACCCAGAUUGAGACUCCAACUCAACAGCCUUCAACUCCCCAAAACCGGUUUCAGUACGUCCGCAGAACCAAUGAGAAAAGAAGAAAAGUCGCUCCUCUUGAUUCAAUUGGCCGGUUUAAGAUGUGA